UCUAACCUAACAUAUAUUUGUCAAAAUAAACGUAAACAUACGUUUUAUAAGGUUUGUUUUAAAAUUAUGAUUUGAUAAUCACGUUAAGAAUAAAUAAAAAAUUAAUAUAGGUGUUAGUAAAUAAUUAUAAAAUGGCUGGAGAUUUAAAAAAACGUCGAUCCAGAUCUAGAGAACGAUCAGAUCGAGAUCACCGUUCCAAACGUUCCCGUUCGCGCUCUAAAGAACGUGAUGCAAGGCAUCAACGUAGACGUUCUAGAUCUCGUGAAAAAGACAGCAAGCGUGACUACAAAUAUGAAGAAAGUAAUCGAGAUAAAUAUUAUGAAAAGGAUCGUAAUGAUCGUGAUAAGGAUAAAAAGCAUAAAAUUAAAGAUAAAAAAUCACCAACACCUGAUCCUGAAAAAAUUAAAGAUGAGAAAAAACUUAAGGACGAAAUGAAACAGGAAAAAGCGAAACGUGAACCAUUAUCGUUAGAAGAGCUCUUAGCAAAGAAGAAAGCGGAAGAAGAGGCUAAGAGUAAACCAGUAUUUCUAACGAAAGAGCAACGAGCUGCUGAAGCACUAAAACGUCGUCAAGAGCAAGUUGAUAAUCUGCGAAAACAACAAUCAGAAGAUCGUAAAAUAUCCAUGUCGAAAAUCGACGAUUUACGUAAAUAUGAUGAUCGAGAAUUUCGUCGACCUACACAUCAAGAUCUAAUGGACAAACACAAAGACAAAGACAAGGAAAAAGAAAGUGAAGCUAUCAAAGAACGUUAUUUGGGUAUUAUAAAGAAAAAACGCCGGGUUAGAAGAUUAAACGAUCGAAAAUUUGUAUUUGAUUGGGAUGCCGGGGAAGAUACCAGCGUUGAUUAUAAUCCUUUAUACAAAGAACGUCAUCAAGUACAAUUUUUUGGACGUGGAAAUUUAGCUGGAAUUGAUAUAAAAGCUCAAAAACGUGAUCAAUCUAAAUUUUAUGGAGAAUUACUUGAAAAACGACGAACAGAAGCUGAAAAAGAACAAGAGAAGGUUCGAUUGAAGAAAGUACGCCGAAAAGAAGAGAAACAACAAUGGGAUGAUCGUCAUUGGAGCGAAAAACGGCGUGAGGAAAUGACUGAACGUGAUUGGCGUAUAUUCCGUGAAGAUUACAAUAUUACAAUUAAGGGAGGUCGAAUUCCAGACCCAAUACGAAAUUGGAAAGAAUCUGCAAUUCAAAAAGAAAUUCUUGAUAUCAUCGAAAAAGUUGGAUAUAAGGAACCAACUCCAAUUCAACGACAAGCUAUACCAAUUGGUAUCCAAAACCGAGAUAUUAUUGGUGUUGCUGAAACUGGUUCGGGUAAAACACUAGCAUUCCUUAUUCCAUUAUUAACUUGGAUUCAAAGUUUACCUAAACUAGAAAGAACAGAGGAUUCAGAUCAAGGACCGUAUGCAUUAAUUUUAGCUCCCACUCGUGAGUUAGCUCAACAAAUUGAAGAUGAAACUAAUAAAUUUGGACAACCUCUAGGUAUACGAACUGUGGUUGUAGUGGGUGGUCUUAGCCGAGAAGAGCAAGGUUUUAGAUUACGUUUAGGUUGCGAAGUAGUAAUUGCAACCCCAGGUCGUUUAAUCGAUGUUCUCGAAAAUCGUUAUUUGGUUUUAAAUCAAUGUACAUAUAUUGUCCUUGAUGAAGCUGACCGUAUGAUUGACAUGGGUUUCGAACCAGAUGUCCAGAAAAUUUUAGAAUAUAUGCCAGUUACAAAUUUAAAACCAGAUACAGAAGAAGCUGAAGAUACCACAGUUUUGCUAGCGAAUUACAACACUAAGAAAAAGUAUCGACAAACUGUGAUGUUUACAGCCACUAUGCCCCCAGCUGUUGAACGAUUAGCCCGAACAUACUUACGUCGACCAGCUGUUGUUUAUAUUGGUUCGAUUGGUAAACCAACAGAGCGAACAGAACAAAUUGUACAUAUUAUGGGUGAGAGUGAUAAACGUAAGAAACUUAUGGAAAUUCUAUCACGUGGGGUUGAACCUCCGAUUAUUAUAUUUGUCAACCAAAAGAAGGGUGCAGAUGUUUUGGCUAAAGGUUUGGAAAAAUUGGGAUACAAUGCGUGUACUUUGCAUGGUGGUAAAGGUCAAGAACAAAGAGAGUACGCUUUGGCUACUUUGAAAAGUGGUGGUAAAGAUAUUUUGGUCGCUACGGAUGUAGCUGGGCGUGGUAUCGAUAUUAAAGAUGUUAGUAUGGUUAUUAAUUACGAUAUGGCGAAAACGAUUGAAGAUUAUACACAUCGUAUCGGUCGUACCGGGCGUGCUGGUAAAACUGGUAUUGCUAUCAGUUUUUGCACGAAAGAUGAUUCGCAAUUGUUCUAUGAUCUACGUUUAAUGUUACAAGCAAGUCCUGUUUCUACAUGUCCAUCAGAGCUAUUAAAUCAUCCUGAGGCACAGCAUCGUCCAGGUGCAGCACCGCCACAACCAAAAAAACGCAGGGAUGAGAAAAUAUUUGCUUAAUAAGUUAGUUAUUAUAGGUUUUUAUUUGUUAAUGUAAUAUUUUUUCCCAAA